GUGUGACGAAGGUCUCCUCGUGAUGACAGCUAGCGUCGUCAGACGAAAGGUUUGAGGUUUGUAGCUAGCGAGAAAGGGGUGGCUGGCUAACGUUAGCUAGCACUGUGGUUUGCUUUCUCCGUCAAUUUCCGCAGAGGACACGACACGGAUAGUUUAAAAGCCUACUGCAACACAGCGGUAAUACCAACACAUUUCGGGAAGAGCCAACGGCAUUUCACUCGUGCUUGCUGGUGUCAGGCUGAGCUGGCUGCAUGAUGGUGAAGCCGGACAUCCUCACGCUUGCGCACCACCUGAAGCAGGAGCGUCUGUACGUGGCCUCCGAGAAGCACCUCAUCCAACGGCUCAACAACGACGUGCUCAAGACUGCCGAGAGGCUCUACCGCGCCGCCUGGAUCGCCAAGCAACAGAGGAUCAACCUCGACCGACUCAUCCUCACCAGUGCUGAGGCGUCCCCAGCUGAGUGCUGCCAGCAUGCGCGGGUGCUGGAGGACACACAGUUCGUGGACGGCUACAAGACGCUGGGCUUCCAGGAGAGCAUCUACGGCGAGUUCCUAUGGCGACUGCGGGAGAACCCGCGCCUCGUGGCCUCCUGCCUGGUGGCGGGCGAGCGGCUCAACCAGGAGCACACGCAGGGCGUCAUACACACCGUCUUCACCUCGCUCUACGGCAACGGCAUCAUGCAGGAGGACGAGAGCUACCUGCUACAGGUGCUGCGUUACCUGAUCGAGUUUGAGCUGAAGGAGAGCGACAACCCUCGUCGCCUGCUGCGGCGCGGCACCUGUGCCUUCAGCAUCCUGUUCCGCAUGCUGCCGGCGGGAGGGCUGGCGCGGCUGGCUGUCUUCCUGGCAGCCCACGCUGCAGCGGACCCUGGCAAGCUGACCGAGCGCUACACGCCCGCGCAGCAGGCGCGCCUGUUCGGGGAGAAGGGCUCGGACGCGCACCGCCGACGCGUGCUCGCCGCCGUGGAGGCCAACGAGGCCAAGCUGGUGACGCUCGUCAACAGCUUCAUCGGGUGCCUGCGGCAGAACACGUACUGCUUCCCGCAGAGCCUGCGCUGGGUUCUGUCGCAGAUGUUCCGCACGCUGGCGCGGGUGGAGGGUCUGCAGGUGGGCGAGGUGCGCGCCAUGUGCACCGACCUGCUGCUCGCCUGCUUCAUCUGCCCAUGCGUCGUACGUGCGCGUGUGUGUGUGUUUGGCAUCAUCAGCAACGCGCCCAUCAACGAGGUCGCACGCUUCAACCUCAUGCAGGUGGGUCAGCUCCUCCAGCAGCUGGCCAUGGUGGAUGCAGACGAUGGAGACCCCCGCAGGAAAAGCACCCUGUCCAAGUUCGACAAAAGCUGCGUGUCUUCCUUCCUGGAUGUGGUGAUUGGAGGGAGAGCGGUGGAGACUCCACCCAUGUCAUCCAUGAACCUGCUGGAAGGCCUGACCAGGACCGUCGUCUACAUCACGCACCACCAGCUGAUGCACCUGGUGGACUUUGUGCGGAAUGUGACGGCUGGCGAUCAGCUCCGAGAGGAAGACCACCUGGCCCUGGAGACCCUGUUGGCCAACGUCCCACAAUCCCGUGCGGUGAAGAGCAACAGCCUGGAGCUCACGCCCUCCAACACGCCCCAGCUCUCACCCGCCACCACCCCCGCCAACAAGAAGAAUCGCCUGCCCAUAGGACAGCAGCUGGCUGCCAUCACCUGCUGGGAAGCCUCCAGCACCGCCCUCUCUGCACAUAUACCCCUAGUCACCCCGUUUGGCUCUCGCAGCCGCAGCCGUACCAACAUCGCCCAGGAGGGGGAGCCAGAGGCCAGCUCCCAGGAGUCCCUGCAGGAGGUGGCGCCAGAGGAGGUGCUCGUCAUCUCGCUGGGCACCACCCCCCAGACCAUCCCCGGCAUGAUGUCAGAGAACGAGGUCCUCUCCCUGCAGAUGUCUGACAGUGCAGCAGGGGACGCUCCAGCAGACGAGGCGAAGCUCCACGGCAAACCUGAUAAAACACUCCGCUUCUCCCUCUGCAGCGACAACCUGGAGGGCAUCUCGGAGGGUCCAUCUAAUCGCUCUAAUUCGGUAUCUUCUCUGGAUCUGGAGGGGGAGUCCGUCUCUGAACUGGGGGCCGGACCAUCUGGCAGUAACGGCGUCGAGGCCCUACAACUACUGGAACACGAGCAAGCCACCACUCAGGAUAACCUGGACGAUAAGCUGCGUAAGUUUGAGAUCCGGGACAUGAUGGGUCUGACGGACGACAGGGACAUCUCUGAGACGGUCAGCGAGACGUGGAGCACGGAUGUGCUGGGCAGCGACUUCGACCCCAACAUGGACGAGGACCGGCUGCAGGAGAUCGCCGGGGCGGCGGUGGAGAACAUGCUGGGCAGCCUGCUAUGUCUUCCCGGUUCCGGAUCGGUUCUGCUGGACCCGUACGGUUCCACCAUCUCGGAGACCACCAGUGAGGCGUGGAGCGUGGAGGUGCUACCCAGCGACUCAGAAGCAGCAGACCUGAAGCAGGAGGAGCGUCUGCAGGAACUAGAGAGCUGCUCAGGGGUGGGCAGCACUUCUGACGACACCGAGGUCCGAGAGGUCAGCUCACGACCCAGCACACCAGGACUCAGCGUGGUUUCAGGUAUCAGUGCCACAUCAGAGGAUAUCCCCAACAAAAUAGAGGAUCUCCGCUCAGAGUGCAGCUCAGACUUUGGUGGGAAAGACUCAGUGACCAGUCCUGAUGGAGAGGAGUCCGCACACGGAGCUUCUGCACCACAUGACUCCUUACUGGCCAUGUUUGAUCCACUCUCCUCCGGUGAAGGCUCGUCCACAGGCACCAUCAGGCGCCCUGUCCACUACAUGCGAAGUCAGCUCCACCCUCCGGACCUCUCGAUCCCGAGAAGGGUGCCAUGGCGCCCGAGCCCCCCGCUGCUCGUCCGCCCCCACCACGGGCUGGCGCAGGAGCUGGAGCAUGGCAGCAAGCAGCGCCACUCGUACCCGGAGCGCCUGGUGCGCAGCCGCAGCUCCGACAUCAGGGCGCCGUCACGGCCCACCACAGCUCCUGCCUCAAUCACGACCAUCGCCGAGGAUCAUGCUCGACACUCCACGCCACGCACGCUGGCCAAUUUCACGCCCAGCAGGGACUCCCUCAAGGGCGAGGUUGAGGACAGGAAGGACAGUGACGAUGAGAAGUCGGAUCGGAACCGGCCCUGGUGGAAGAAGCGCUUCGUUCCUGCCAUUCCCAAAGUGCUCUAUUGGACAGCGGAGAGUGAGAUCCCAGCUCCAAUCGCUGCCUUCAGGAAGAGGGAUAAGCAUGAGAAGGAUGAUCUUGGACCUGAGCGACUUCCUCAAGAUGACUCUCUGCCUCGGCUGAGCUCCCAGGCACAGGCUGCAGAGGACAUCUUGGAUAAGUACCGCAACAUCAAGAGGACCAGCCCCAGUGAUGGAACCACUGCUGCCGCAUACGACCAACACGGGACAGAGCCCAUAGGCGAGGGAGAGUGUGUCCAUGAUUCCCCCAGGGACGAAGCUCUGCAGAACAUCUCCACAGACGACCUUCCAGACUCCGCAAGCCAGACAGCACAGCCUCAGGACAAGUUCUCCUUCAGCGAUGCCAAGAAGAAGCUGCGCCUGGCCCUGUGUACGGCCGACUCCGUGGUGCUACCCCUCAUGACCCCAGCCAGCACACGCAACGGCCUCCCUGACCACACGGACCCAGAAGAGAACGAGAUUGUGUGCUUCCUGAAGGUGCAGCUGGCUGAGGCCAUCAACCUGCAGGACAAGGCUCAGAUGGCACAGCUCCAGGAGACCCAUGCGCCGCGCCAGCCAGCCUCGACCUUCGGGCACCUGCCAAGAAGCUGCUUCCGCCCCGCCAUCGCCCGGACGACUACAGGCAUGAAGCGCUCCCCGUACAUAGCGUACCUGACGCGGUGUCGGCAGGGCCUGCAGACGUCCCAGGCGCACCUGGAGCGGCUGCUGCAGCGCGUGCUGCGGGACAAGGAGGUGGCCAACCGCUACUUCACCACCGUCUGCGUGCGCCUGCUGCUCGAGCACAUGGAGGCCAAGAUGAUCGACUUCAUCGGCGCAUUCCAGGUGUGCACGGCGGCGGACGAUAAGACUGCGGCGGUGGAGGACUUCCUGCGGUACCUGUACGGCGCGAUGGCCCACGAUGCCAUCUGGCAGUUCGCCAGCGAGGAUCAGCUCCAGGACGCCCAGAUGGCUAUCGAGCGCAGCGUCAUGAACCGCAUCUUCAAACUGGCCUUCUACCCCAACCAGGACGGGGACAUACUGAGAGACCAGCUUCUGCAGGAGCACAUACAGCGCUUGUCCAAAGUCGUCACAGCCAAUCACAAGGCCCUGCAGAUCCCAGAGGUGUACCUGAAGGAGGUGCCGUGGCCGUCAGCGCAGGCGGAGAUCCGCACCAUCAACGCGUACAAGACGCCGCGGGACAAGGUGCAGUGCAUCCUGCGCAUGUGCUCCACCAUCAUGAACCUGCUCAGCCUGGCCAGCGACGACUCCGUCCCCGGCGCCGACGACUUCGUACCCGUGCUCGUCUUCGUCCUCAUCAGGGCGAACCCUCCCUGCCUGCUGUCCACCAUCCAGUACAUCAAUAAUUUCUACUCCAGCCGGCUGAGUGGGGAGGAGUGCUACUGGUGGAUGCAGUUCACAGCUGCCGUGGAAUUCAUCAAGACCAUCGACGACCGCAAGUGAGCCGCAGAGCAGACGAGACGAGAGCGGCGCUCACGCAGCGGAGAGGACCCCGCCCAUCCGACCGCUCCCUCGCUCCCCUCCUUCGCCAUGUGUUCUCUCUUUAUCUCUUUUCUCUCUCCUUUCUUUCUUUCUCUUCCCUCACGUGUUCUCUCUCUCUCUCUCUCUCUUUAUCUCUUUUCUCCUUCCUUUCUUUCUUUCUCUCCCUCCUUUCUCCCAGCCUCCCUCCGUUCCCUCACGUGUUCUCUCUCUCUCUCUCUCUCUCUCUUUAUCUCUUUUAUCCCUCCUUUCUUUCUCUCCGUUCCCUCACAUGUCUUUUCCUCUCUGUGCUCCUCGGCCGCUCGUACUGUAUAGCUGUAUAUAGGACAAAGUCGUGUACACUUUGGAAAGGACAAAGAGAACAGGUGUACUUAUUUGGGGCAUGGGGGCAGGUUUUACUAUAAACAACAACAACACGAACAAAACAAAUCAAAGACAAAAACAAACACACAAAAAAACAAACAAAGCCAGUGGGAAAUGGCUUAUGAACUUUGACCUUUAGCUAAUUUGCAUAUUCCUUGUAAACUCUGUACGUGUGGUGAGGUGAAGGGACUUCAUCUGAUGAAAUUUUAUAUUUAGAAGAACUAUUAAUUAAUGAAAGAAAAAAAAAAGAGUUUUAAUUAUUAUGAGAGAUUGAAACAAAAAAGGGACCAGGCUUCCUCAUGGCGAUCACAGGUGCAUAGGGAGACCUCUAGAUGGCGACGUGGAGAGGUGCAGUUCAGUCCUCCUCCAGAAGAACUCCACCUGAACCAGACCCAGAACCACCCACCGGAACCAGGCCAGCGGGCACCUCAGCGCCCCACCCUACCCCCAACUUGCCCCCAACUUGCCCCCACGCCCUCCCCGAUCAUUCCUGACCAACGCCGCCACCCCCCACACUCCACCCCCCAGCACUAAUGUGGCAGCUCAGUAACCGACCGUACUGCUGGUGUCUCCCCGUGUGUGUGUGUGUGUGUGUGUGUGCGCGAAUAAGCCACAGCAGAUGCGUUUCCUAUGGCCCAGCUGUAUUUAAUCACUUUCUGUUGGUUAGUUUCCUCUUCUGUCAAAGCCUAAGUGGCGUGCCCAACGCAGAUGCAGCACGCAGGGACGAGAGUGUCACACACACACACACACACACACACACACACACACACAGACAGAGGACUCUAAAGGACAGUUGUGGUUAUGUUCUGAGAGGCACACAGUAGGUUAUGAGUGGGUAGUAUGUCUUUUGCUUUGGUUUGGUUAGCUUUUGCUUGUUCUCUCCAUGUUGAUAUUAGGACACAGUGCCUUGUAGAAUAGACCAUUCUAUUGAAUUGAAACAGUGGGGUUGAAGUUCCUGUAAUGUUACCUUCCUGUGUGUGUGUGUGUGUGUGUGUGUGCAGAUCUGUCCUCAGAGUCAGAGGUCCCAGACCGGUUUUCAUAUCUCCUGGCCUGAGUGUCCUACGCGGGGCAGCUGCACCCCGUGACCUCCAGUACUGACCCCUGCCUGUAGAGGGCGUACUGUAUCAUUCAGGGCCUUGAGUCAGGCUGAUGGAGUCAGCACUGCUCACAGGUCACCUGUAACCUCCUAAAAUCAACAGAAUCAGAUCAUUUCUACUCGGAGUGUUAAAGAGUGGAUUCCAGGGUGCAUCAGUGUGUUCAGUUACUCCAGAGGGCGUCAGUGUGUUCAGUUACUCCAGGGGGCGUCAGUGUGUUCAGUUACCCCAGGGCGCGUCAGUGUGUUCAGUUACCCCAGGGGGCAUCAGUGAGAAGGUCCUGCCUCCACUCAGAGUUCAGAGUAUGUAUGUGUUUCCGCUGGCUCCAUGGAGCUCUUAACGACAGCACAGUCUGGCCUUGCUCUGUCCUGUCUGCACUUACAAAACACUCACUGCUAAGGCCAUACACUUCCCUUAUUUACGUGUGUGUGUGUGUGUGUGUGUGUGUGUGUGUGUGUGUGGUUUGUUGGACUGUGCCUGAGUGUAAGCAUAUCAACCCUUAAUGUGAUCAUAUAUUAAUGCUCAUUUGUAUCACAACAGGCUUAUUAAUAUGAUCAUAUAUUAAUGCUCAUUUGUAUCACAACAGGCUUAUUAAUGUGAUCAUAUAUUAAUGUUCAUUUGUAUCACAACAGGCUUAUUAAUAUGAUCAUAUAUUAAUGUUCAUUUGUAUCACACAUGAUGAGGACUAUUGUCCCUGUUGCUUCUCCUACUGAGAUUGCGGGCAGUGACCUCCUCUGGGGCUGUUCUUGAGGGGGGGGGGGGGGG